AUGAACAACAUCAACAUCGUGUGCCUGGGUGGCGCGAGCGAAGUGGGGCGUUCGUGCGUCAUUAUAGAAAGUGCAAACAGGUCAAUCAUGUUGGACUGUGGAAUUCAUCCGGCGUUUAUGGGCAUCGGCUGUUUGCCCAUCUACGACGCGUACGACAUUUCGAAGGUGGAUUUGUGUUUAAUAACCCAUUUUCACAUGGACCACAGUGGUGCCUUGCCCUACCUGGUUAAUAGAACCCGUUUUAAAGGAAAGGUAUACAUGACGGAGGCGACGAAAAGUAUCUGCUAUUUACUGUGGAAUGACUAUGCGCGAAUUGAAAAAUGCAUGCACAUGAUGAAUAAGAUGAAAGGAAGUAGAAAUAAAAAUGAGCCGGGUGAAAAUGAAGCGGACGAGUAUGGCAACAAAGGGAAAAGGGGAGGGCCAUCCUACUCCAGUGAUGAGUUUGGAAGUGAAGACAAUGAUGAUGAUUAUUACCAAAGUUACAUUUGCGAAAUGGGAGAUGGAGAUAUAAAGCAUAAUGUACUGUAUGACGAAAAUGAUAUAAAUGAAGCCAUGAAAAUGAUAGAAACGUUAAAUUUUCAUGAGCACAUAGAAUUUGAGGAUGUAAAAUUUACAGCCUAUAGAGCAGGACACGUCAUCGGUGCGUGUAUGUUCUUAGUGGAAAUAAAUAACAUACGUUUUUUAUACACAGGGGAUUAUAGCAGGGAGGUCGAUAGGCACAUCCCCAUAGCGGAGAUCCCCGCCAUCGAUGUCCACGUGCUAAUUUGUGAAGGAACAUAUGGAAUUAAAGUGCAUGACGAUAGGAAAAAAAGGGAAGUCCGUUUCCUCAAUAUGAUUACGAGUAUAUUAAAUAAUAAAGGGAAGGUCUU